AUGGGCAUCGAAUAUCAGGGUCACAAUUUUCCCACGUCUUUUGCAUCUUGCAGCAUCCCUCCCCACUUCAAAGCCGGUCUACCUGAAAAAUUGGAGGCCAUUCGCAAUGCUGGAUUUGAUGGAAUAGAAAUCUCCAUGCCAGAUAUACUGGCGUAUGGCAGUCAUAUCGAAGGGAAGAAAAUUCGCGAGGAUGACUAUGAUACCCUAUCGGACGUGGCUGGGAAGAUUCGUAUUCUGACUGAUCAACUUGGCCUUGAGAUUCUCAUGCUGCAACCGUUUUCGAGAUUUGAGGGAUGGCAAAAAGAUCAGCACCCACAGGAAAGAAGCGAAGCCUUUACUCGCGCCAAGGGGUGGAUAAGGAUUAUGGAGUCGUUGGGCACCGAUAUGCUGCAGGUUGGCUCAUCCGAUGCAGAAGAUAUAUCACCCUCCUUGGAUGAGCAUGCUCAAGACCUUCAAGAAUUGGCGGACCUGCUCGGGGAGAAAGGUUUCCGGCUCGCGUACGAAAACUGGUGUUGGGCAACCUAUGCUCCCACAUGGAAAGAUGUUUGGGAGAUAUCACGCAAGGCCGAUCGCAAAAAUAUCGGUCUCUGCUUGGACACCUUCCAAUCAGCUGGCGGAGAAUAUGGUGAUCCAUCUACGGAGUCAGGCUAUAUCGAAGACUUCAGUUCAGCUGAGCUUGACAGCCGAUGGAAACAUAGUUUGGCCGAACUAGAGAACACGGUUCCAGGAGAUAAGAUAUUCCUGCUUCAGAUUUCAGAUGCAUACAGAAUGAAGCCGCCUCUGCACGACACCAAGGAGAGGCUGAGAUCAGUAUGGAGUCAUGAUUAUCGCCCGCUACCCUUCAAUGGAGGGUAUUUGCCGAUUCAAGACUUUCUAAAGUCUGUUUUGCGAACCGGUUUUCGGGGCUGGCUUUCUGUUGAAGUGUUUGAUUCGAAGCCCAAGGAAAGAUCGUCAAUGGAGAGUUUUACAAAGGCAGCAAUGGAUUCCUUGACCCGCAUGCUUGUUGCCACGAUGGAGUGA